UUAAGUUCCAGUUCAGGCCGCGGGGGAGUACUUUGCGGUCGGGGCCCCGUUCCGUCGGUGACGCAGGCGCAGCGCGAGUGGCGCGCGCCGACCGCCCAUCCCCGGCUGUUCCACUUUCUCUUCGUUUCCUUAGCCCCCUCGCUGAGAGCCCUGAGUCUCCCUCUCAUCGUCCGCGCCGUCCUCGUCGCGCGCCCGAAGCAAGAGGCGGGCCCAGGUCUCCCGGAAAACUAGCCCGCCGGAGCGCGAGGCUAACGGCCGCGACCGCUCCCAGGCUCCCUCAGACCGCGCCAUGGGUGACAGCGAUGACGAGUAUGACCGAAGGCGCAGGGACAAGUUCAGAAGGGAGCGCAGCGACUAUGACCGUUCCCGGGAAAGAGAUGAAAGGCGUCGAGGGGACGAUUGGAAUGACCGAGAGUGGGACCGGGGCCGGGAGCGCCGCAGUCGGGGUGAAUAUCGGGACUAUGACCGGAAUCGGCGAGAGCGCUUCUCUCCUCCCAGGCACGAGCUCAGCCCCCCACAGAAGCGCAUGAGGCGAGACUGGGAUGAGCACAGCUCUGACCCAUACCACAGUGGCUAUGAGAUGCCCUAUGCUGGGGGGGGUGGGGGCCCUACUUAUGGCCCCCCUCAGCCCUGGGGCCACCCAGACGUCCACAUCAUGCAGCACCAUGUUCUGCCUAUCCAGGCCAGGCUGGGCAGCAUCGCAGAGAUUGACUUGGGUGUGCCACCACCGGUGAUGAAAACCUUCAAGGAGUUUCUCCUGUCAUUGGAUGACUCUGUGGAUGAGACAGAGGCUGUAAAGCGCUAUAAUGACUAUAAGCUGGAUUUUCGAAGGCAGCAGAUGCAAGAUUUCUUUUUGGCUCAUAAAGAUGAGGAGUGGUUUCGGUCUAAGUACCACCCAGAUGAGGUGGGGAAGCGGCGGCAGGAGGCCCGGGGGGCCCUGCAAAACCGACUGAGGGUAUUCCUGUCCCUCAUGGAGAGUGGCUGGUUUGAUAAUCUUCUCCUGGACAUAGACAAAGCUGAUGCCAUUGUCAAGAUGCUGGAUGCAGCUGUGAUUAAGAUGGAAGGAGGGACAGAGAACGAUCUGCGCAUCCUGGAGCAGGAGGAGGAGGAGGAGCAGGCCGGAAAGCCUGGGGAGCCCAGCAAGAAAGACGAGGGCCGGGCUGGACCAGGCCUGGGGGAUGGAGAGCGCAAGGCCAAUGAUAAGGACGACAAGAAAGAAGAUGGCAAACAGGCUGAAAACGACAGUUCUAACGAUGACAAAACUAAGAAGUCUGAGGGUGAUGGGGACAAGGAAGAGAAGAAAGACGACUCUGAGAAAGAUGCCAAAAAGAGUAGCAAGAAGCGGAAUAGAAAGCACAGUGGCGACGACAGCUUUGACGAAGGCAGUGUGUCCGAGUCGGAGUCGGAGUCGGAGAGUGGCCAAGCUGAGGAAGAGAAGGAGGAGGCUGAAGAGGCACUCAAGGAAAAGGAGAAGCCCAAAGAAGAAGAAAGGGAGAAGCCUAAGGACACUCCUGGGUUGGAAUGUAAACCUCGGCCCCUUCAUAAGACUUGCUCCCUCUUCAUGCGCAACAUCGCACCCAACAUCUCGCGGGCAGAGAUCAUUUCUCUUUGUAAAAGAUACCCAGGCUUCAUGCGUGUGGCACUGUCAGAGCCCCAGCCUGAAAGGAGGUUUUUCCGUCGAGGCUGGGUGACCUUUGACCGCAGCGUUAACAUCAAAGAGAUCUGUUGGAACCUGCAGAAUAUCCGGCUCCGGGAGUGUGAGCUGAGCCCUGGUGUGAACAGAGACCUGACCCGCCGAGUCCGCAACAUCAAUGGCAUUACCCAGCACAAGCAGAUAGUGCGCAACGACAUCAAGUUGGCCGCCAAGCUGAUCCAUACGCUGGAUGACAGGACCCAGCUCUGGGCCUCUGAGCCUGGGACACCUCCUCUGCCAACAAGUCUGCCCUCCCAGAACCCAAUCUUGAAGAAUAUCACUGACUAUCUGAUUGAGGAAGUGAGUGCGGAGGAGGAGGAGCUGCUGGGGAGCAGUGGGGGCGCUCCCCCUGAGGAGCCCCCUAAGGAAGGGAACCCUGCAGAGAUCAACGUGGAGCGGGAUGAAAAACUGAUAAAGGUUUUGGACAAACUUCUUCUCUAUUUGCGCAUUGUACAUUCCCUGGAUUAUUAUAACACUUGCGAGUACCCCAAUGAGGACGAAAUGCCCAACCGUUGUGGCAUCAUCCAUGUUCGGGGGCCCAUGCCACCCAACCGCAUCAGUCAUGGAGAAGUGCUAGAGUGGCAGAAGACAUUUGAGGAGAAGCUGACUCCGCUGCUGAGUGUACGGGAAUCUCUUUCCGAGGAAGAGGCUCAGAAGAUGGGUCGCAAAGACCCUGAGCAGGAAGUGGAAAAGUUUGUCACCUCUAACACCCAGGAACUGGGCAAGGAUAAGUGGCUAUGCCCUCUCAGUGGCAAGAAAUUCAAGGGCCCUGAGUUUGUACGCAAACAUAUCUUCAACAAGCAUGCAGAGAAGAUUGAGGAAGUGAAGAAGGAGGUGGCAUUUUUUAACAACUUUCUCACUGAUGCCAAGCGCCCAGCUCUGCCGGAGAUCAAGCCAGCUCAGCCACCUGGCCCUGCCCAGAUACUCCCCCCAGGCCUGACCCCGGGACUCCCCUACCCACACCAGACUCCCCAGGGCCUGAUGCCCUAUGGUCAGCCCCGGCCCCCCAUCUUGGGCUAUGGAGCUGGUGCUGUCCGCCCUGCAGUCCCCACGGGAGGGCCUCCAUACCCUCAUGCCCCCUAUGGUGCUGGCCGAGGGAACUAUGAUGCCUUCCGAGGCCAAGGAGGUUAUCCUGGGAAGCCUCGGAACAGGAUGGUCCGAGGAGACCCACGGGCCAUUGUGGAAUACCGUGACCUGGAUGCUCCAGAUGAUGUGGACUUCUUUUGAGCCAUCUACUUUUCCUCACUCCUGGUAUCGUCUAUAAUUGUGACUGCCUAGUCCCAUCCAGCUGAGAAUUUUUUUUUGUACGUUCAACCCUACUGCCAAUAAAAGCACUUCCAUAGUGA